UUGUUGUCAAGUUUUCCAAAAUGGUACGAUGCUGGUAUAUGGAGGAGAGCUCGUUCGACCAGCGACUGGAACAUCACUUUGAUCCCUGCCAAUAUUUGAGUUUAUUAGAACUCUUUGAUUGCACCGGAGUCGAGUGCUUUAAGGUCGAUCACGAAAGCUAUGAAACCGAUGAAACUUUAAAAAACUUAAGAACCGAACGUGGCUACACAUUCGAGGAUGAGAUACACUUCCACUCAGGUUCGCCUAAUUAUGAAGAAAAGCUACAAAAUUUUUAUACCGAACACUUGCACACUCAUGAAGAGAUUCGAUUGAUAGUCGCUGGUUCUGGUUAUUUUGAUGUUAGAGAUAAAGAUGAUAGAUGGAUUCGCUUAAAAGUUACGGCUGGAGAUUUAAUAAUUAUUCCAAGUGGUAUUUAUCACAGAUUUACCUUAGAUGUUAAUAAUUAUAUAAAAGCAAAGCGCUACUUUAUUGGAAUACCAAUUUGGUUGCCUUACAACAGACCAGCCGAGGAUAUGUUUUGUCGAAAAGAAUAUUUGGAACGUCUGGAACAAGGUUUCAAAGUAGAACGCUUAAAUGCAUAAACAAUAAAAUGUAGAUUUAAAAACUAUCAAAAUUUAUUAUCUAUGUAAUAUAUUUGGC